UAUUUACUUAAUCAGACGUACCAUUUCAUAAUGCUUCUUUUGUCAAGGCAAUUGCACAGAUGCGUUUCUUCUUUGUUGAAUCAUGUGUGUAUUCCCCAUGUUUUUGCCAUGUUAUUUUCAAAGCAUGGAAGUUAAUCUAACAACUACACCACCAUGGCCUGGCAUGUAGGAUAUGCAUAUGCCUUUAACUUGUUCUCAAGUUUGCAGUGGAUAGAGAGACUAUUUCUCCUAUUUUUUGGUACUGAAGGUUUAUUUUUCAGUUUUGCAGCUACUUUCAGUGAAAAGGUGACAAGAACAGUAAGAAAGUUCUCUCCACAUUUGGCAGCAAAGAUGAGGCCUCCUCACAUGCCUGUCAUUCGUGGCCGUCCUUCAUCCAAAAAAUCAGUAUACAUCUGUGGUCAACCUCGUGGAGUGUUUGUCUUCUCAUUCUCAGCUGCCAGUUUUAUUCUGUGGUUCACUUCUGGCACUCUGCUGUUUGCUUCAUGGGCAUUUGGCAUCGGCCUCCUUGUUACUGUUCUUCAUGCAAGUGUCAGGACACCUAAUCUGAAGGCACGCCUCAACACAUUCCGGGAAGAAUUUCGUGCUGUGUGGCGCAAUUAUAGUGAGCUGUGACUGCUCAUGGAGUUGAAGUGUACCACUCCAUCCCUGAUUCGCAACUUCAAUUUCAGUUAAGUUGCAAGUAUUCUUUGUAAAUAUAAACAAAUUGUCAGCUCAUUCGAUGGAGGAUGUUAGAAAAAAGAAAA